AUGACUUUGGGUGUUCACUCUCUAAUACCAAGGUGUUUCAAUGGCGGCAACCGCAAGCAGAGCAAAGUGUCGUCUUUCUCGGGCAACGGAACGAGGAUCUUGAAUCUGAGCGAUAAGCCGGUUGAAUUACAGGUAAAGGUGGGGUCAGCGUUGAAGAAAGUUCAUAGCUUGAAAUCUGGGUCAUCGAAGAAACUGGAGUACAAGACAAUGUAUGAAACUUACGUCUCUGACGGCGUUGAUAAUGGAAGCUUGCUUGAUUACUGUCAGGAGACAUGUCAGCCGUAUAUUUGGAUUCAUGAUCCAACGUUGAGUUCUUCUCCGAGAUCGGCUACCAAGCAACAUCAUAUCAGUCUUCAGGAUCUUAGAGAUUGUUCUGAGAUUAGAAUUUUUAGGGAUCAUCUCAAGGGCUGUGUUUCUGUUCGGAAGAAACCUAGAAUGGAAUUAUCUUGA